AUGCGGGCAACGGUUAUAUUUGGCUCUACCCAAUUCCGUAACCCAUUCGAAGCGGUACAGGGAUGUCUACAAUAUGAUACGGUGCCUGGCUACAACGACACAUUGGAGUAUUUUGCGACGGACAACUUCAAACACGUUGGCCGCACACACAACUCCAAGUAUAUUCGCGUAGGUAUGGUGGGACCGACCGAUGGCAUCAUACGCUUCGGAAAGUCUCGUUUUCCCUACGGAGAUAGCGUGUCCGAAAUUUGUCUUUCCGGAUGGUCGAAUCAAAAGACGGAAGUAAAUCGUCACACGCGUACCAGCGACAGUGAGUACGUCAACACACCCUUAAAGAUCCAGCGAACACCAAACGUACUGUCUAAAACGCGUCCGAUGAUGUUCCGGCUGGAGGUGUUUGAUAAUGGAAAUGUGCAGCUUACGAAGGAUGGCGAGAAGAGACCCUUUUUGGAGUUUAACGAUAACCAUAGCAAGUUGGAUUUGGACUAUAUAGCGUUUACAAAGUGGAAUCAUGACCUUUUCUAUUACUAUGACUGUCCCUUAAACAUUGAUUCGCCUGAUAUUGACGAUACGGUGUUGCUUAGGUGUAAUUUGGCUUAAUGUACGACU